AUGGCUGGUGAAUCGAAAGUUGUUGUUCAGCUUCGAGAUGGGCCCAUCCAUGCUCUCCAAAGAAAAGGACUGGUUAUCGCUCGCGGUGUGAAAUACGCCGAAGCUAGACGGUUCGAGCCUCCGUCGCCUUGCCAAAAGUGGGAUGGUAUUCUCGACUGCACAAAGCCGGCCACUAUCUGUCCCCAGCUGCCUUCGCGCCUUGAGAUCAUAAAUGGCCCGAUAGCUGUAGGAAGGACUAUGGACGAAGUCUGCUUGCACGUCAGCGUUUUCUCUCCCUCACACACUCCCUCCAAGGCAGAUGAUUUGAUACCUGUCAUGGUCUUUCUACACGGAGGUGGCUACUCGUCAGGAGCAGGUGACCUUGACUGCUAUAGUGGUGCCUCGCUUGCUUCUAUGAGAGUAGUAGUCGUUAACAUCACCCACCGACUGGGGAUCUUCGGAUACCAGCCCAUCGAAGGAAUCGUGCCACCAAACCUUGGCAUCCUCGAUCAAAUUGCAGCACUUCGUUGGGUCCACGACAAUAUCGAAUUCUUUGGUGGCGACACUAACAGGGUUUGCCUAUUUGGGGAGUCAGCGGGUGCGGAUUCAAUCUUCUGUCUAAUGGGCUCGGAUGGCGUUGAAGGUCUUUUCCAUCGUGCUAUCUUGCAGAGUGCUCCGUGGGCGUUCCGAUAUAUGGACCAAUAUAGCCGCCAGAACAUGGUGGAGUCACUGUCGUCGAUGGGUGGGGAUCUCCUGUCAGAAAAUCACGAUACUGCAUCGAUAGAGGAACUUUUGAGGGUACAGCAAAAGCUCAUGAUUGCAGCAACGUCUUUUCCCACGGCAGUGAUACCGUUUGGGCCCAUUCUUGGGCAUUCACCCCUCCCGGAGAAGCCAGAAUUUGACGCAAGGUUGGAGGCGGCCAUUCGCAACGUGCCGAUGUUUAUCGGCUACACAAAAGACGAGGGCCAGGCGUUUGAGGGAAUGUUUAAUCAAAUGAGGCCUGUGCCUGAAAUCCCUGCUGGAACCACUGUCGCUGGGUUUAUUUCCAAGAACUGGUUCCAGGACCCAGCGGAACAGUUCUAUAAGAGAAUCAGAGAAGCUGGUGGGCAUCCGUGGCUUUACCAGUUUAACCUGGCGCCCGAUCAGAGCCAGUUCGGUGCAAUCCACACAAUCGACAUGCCCUUUCUGCUGGGGACAUGGGAUGACUGGAAAGAGGCGCCGAUGAUGAGCGGACGAAAUGCACAAGAACUCGUUGAAAGGGUUGGGCCAGAAGUCAAGAAGCUCUGGGUAGCGUUUGCCGAAGGACUGGAUUCUGGUUCCGCACAGUUUGUCAUUGAUGAGCACUUUACUUUUAGCAAAUAG